CAAUACCACAAACAUGAGACCUAGAACGACGAGCAGCGCUGGCUCAAUGGCGCGACUAGCGGAUUAUUUCGUCGAGGUGGUCGCUGAGCCAGCGGGUAAAUAGACCAUACACUUUCUCAGUCAAAAAUGUACUUGUGUGGCUGACGGUAGGCCAUUGGUUUCCUUUAGUGCAGCAGGAUGAGGAUUUUGAGCGGAAAAUCGUGACACGGAUCCCUUCGAGCGACCAUCCGGACUUUGCUCUGCCCGAUGGGGUGCCAUUCUUUUGUAUCCCAGAGAGCAAGGCAUUCUUCAACCCGACAGUCUACGAGCGCAAGCCCACGUUCUUCUCGUUUAUACUUACGGGAGGAGAUGGUAUCCAUGCAUACGGCUUUGCCUUGCACUUCUUCGAAGAAUACACGACUGCGGGUUGGUUCGAGUUGGGGGAUUGCAGCGUUGAUUUUCUUCUAAUGGUUGUGUCGCUGCAGCUACGGACUGGAGACCCCGUGUAGUGUGCUUGAUUUCACAUCACCCAUUUUUCUCACUCUUCAAGGAAAUUGUCAGUUGGAUGUAUCGAAGUCGAAACUUGAAGCCGGAAUACUCACUUGUACAGACCAAGAUCGCGCAUGCCUGUGAAGAUCGCAGCUGGUUCCUGUCGCCCAGGCAUGCAUCACCAGUAUUGCCAACUCAGGAGCAUCUCAAUUUCAACAGCAGGAGCUCUAUUGACCGAAUCCGUGCUUCAUCUCCUGGCUGGAAAGAUGGUCGUGACAAUAGCAGCAACUGGAUCCGUGGUUUGUACUAUCGUAUCCUCCCGCAGUUGAUACGGAACGCAAGUCGACCUCUUCCAGGUAGGGCCUUGGAUAUCCGGAUGCAUGGACGAGCUUUCUUCCGCUACCACGUGCAACGGGGAAAAGCUGUGCACCUGGAUGACUAUUGCUUCCAGAUGCUGUUUCAGUGUUUGAGUCUGAAAAACGUCAUUUACAUCGUCAACUGUUUGCUACUUGAACAGCGCGUACUGGUCCACUCAAGUGUACGACCCAUUCUUUAUUCCCCCAUUAUGGUUGUGCACGCGACUAAACCUGCUUACUUGUGGUUUGUGCUUCAGCACCAAGGCCUUCUCACUCCAAUUUGCGAGGCGCUUUGUGCACUACUGUUUCCAUUCAAUUGGAAACAUGUUUUUAUUCCUUUCCUGCCCGUCAAGUUGAUCGAAUACCUCCAGGCUCCUGUACCAUAUUUUAUCGGGCUGCAUACGAACUCGUUGGCUACGCGAGUGGGCGCUGAAAUGUUUGCGUCGUGUGUUGUUGUACAUUUGGACAAGGAUAAAGUCGUAUCCCCGAUAUUUUCGCGAGUCGAUGAUUAUCCUGUCGAAUUCGUAUUACCUCGACUACCUUCAAAGGAAGUUGCUGCCCUCCUUACAGCGCUUGAGAACAUAGUACCCAGUCCCAUUGGACACACUCUACCUGUCCAGAAGAAUCCUACCCCAGAAUCUCCACAAAAUGAUUCAAAUACAGUUAAUGAGGUGGAACUUACGUUUGAUGAGGGACCGCUUGGAAUAACUUUCGAGUCCACACAUCUUCGUCUUUUAGCAGCAAGUAAUUUCAAUCCUGAAAGGCAGUUGGGCGGGUCUGCAGUCGUGAAGGCGCUACCACGGCUUCAUAAUGGAGCGGUAGGACCAGCAGAGCGUUCCAGGCUGAUCUCCGCUGGAAGUUUUCUGAUCGGUAUCAAUGGUCAAUCCACACUAGACUUGACGUUCGAAGAAACCAUCGACUACUUGCGUCGUGCCAGCCGUCCAAUCCGUCUACGGUUCUUGAAUGCAACGCUGCCUUACGAGAAUGCCUGCCAUUUUGCUGAGCGACUUCACGCGUUGUCCCUGGUUUCAGCGCUACAGACUGUGCACGAGAACCAGUUGCUUCCGUGGGUGGAUACGCUUCGUGGGGCUUUUGCUGCAAUGUUUGCUAGCAUUUUCUGCGACUACCGACGAUACAUCGACGUUCGUCACCAGGAGUCCGAUAUGAAUGACCCCUCUUGCAGACAGCAUGCGCUACCGACACCAGAGCAGUUUGGCCGGUUACGACGCCGUUCGUCUGCAUUAGCUUUAUGUGUACAGUUCGACUACAACAAUUUCUGUAACGCGGUGCCAUCCAACCAGAGAUUCCUGAGCGAGUUCACACAGACGCAAUGCUUUGCUGACUUUAUCAACGAGAGUGUCAUUGGCACCGCUGCAUCUCGGCCUCGUGGUGGAUCCACGCCACUGGAACUUUUCCAAGAGUGUAUACAUUUAAUUCGUGAAUCGAGUAAUGGGAGGGCGGCCGUCAUGCUUCUGUUUGAGCGAGAUGCUUCACCAGUGGAGUCAACGGUACUCGAUCUUCCGAUGGAAAGUGGUGUGGGGACACCAGGGUUCAAUUACUUAAACGAUGACGAAAACUGUUCCAGCAAGUCCAACCGCAUGUUUGAGCGCACUCGAGCAAGCUCGGCAUCUGCUGGAUCACCUCUGUCGUCUUCCCCUUCAUUGCCGUUCGAGGGGAAAGUGAAUCCACUUGCCGCUGUACAGGAACUAGAACUGGGAUCUCCAGAGCAAGAUGGCAUCGUAGUACCAUGAGAAACCCUUCCGUAUAAUAGUUGCGUUACCCAACUAUUUAUUCGUAGUACAGUGAUGCCGAAUACGUGCACAACGCAUUUUCAUUUAAAUGAAUACAAGUUAUCAGUUAUUCGUGAG